GAUGUAUCUAUCAAAUGAAAUUCAUGAGUGUUACUUUUCUUGGAGCAAAUUUAAGCCCAGUAGACGGAGUGUUCCAGGCAUGGCCUUCGUCGUACCAAUCCAGUAUACCCCGUAGACUUCGGAUGCCGGACCAACUGGAACCGAACUACUUAGAUGAGCCGGAGAAAUUUUCCGUAUGGCGUCUUAUCUUCAAACUUAUCAAGAUUGGAAUUUUGUUACUGGUCUGGGGUUUCUUUACUUACAUUCUAGUACGGAUUGCAAACUCACCGGAUCGUACAACGGUGAUCACAUUAUUGCCCAAUCAAGUUGAAUUUUUUACGGUGAAAUUACCAAUCGAUGCGAUUGAGAUAACGUUUAAGGGUCCCAUUAGUUCGGAAAAGACCCAGGGCGAGAAUACACCCACUGUGGGUGUACGAGUUGAGUAUCGGGAUUACAACGUGAAUAAAACAUACCGGAGCAGUGACAUGUGGGCCAUCUAUCUGCUAAAGGACGAAUCACGUUACGAAGAAGUCACCAAGAUCAUUAAAAUCUUGCCUCCCUUUUAUUACAAUGACUCCAAGGCAAUUAGGGAAGGUACCAAGGCGGUUAUCAAGUUAACGGGUAGUAAUGACCAACCGGUUUCCCUACUAAUGAUGGUUUCCGAAUACCCCAUGGUAACAGAACAUGGUGUUUUCUACUCGGCCCUUCUGCUUAUUGGCCUGUACAUUCUGAUCGUCUUUGAGCUUACGGAUCGUACAUUCGCCGCUCUCCUGAUGGCCACUACUGGCAUAGCAAUCAUCACAGCGAUUGGAAAUCGACCGUCCUUACAAACCAUAAUUUCUUGGAUUGAUUUUGAGACAUUGAUGCUGUUACUCGGAAUGAUGAUUAUUGUGGCCAUAACAUCCGAGACAGGAAUAUUCGACUGGAUGGCUGUUCUGGCUUAUCGCAUUUCAAAGGGUCAUCCUUGGCCACUAGUGAUAUUACUUUGCACGAUUACCGCCGUCAUGUCAUGUGUCCUGGAUAAUGUUACCAUGUUGCUUCUGAUGGCACCCAUUGCGAUCCGUUUGUGCGAAGUUAUGGCAGUGCAGACGUCACUCGUCUUGAUACUGGUGGUGUUGUAUUCAAAUCUUGGUGGUACCCUCACUCCGGUGGGAGAUCCACCAAAUGUUAUUCUAGCGACCAAUCCACAUGUUAUUGGCCAAGGCGUCAACUUUCUUAAUUUCACAAUACAUAUGCUGCCGGGAGUUGUGUUCGGAGUGAUCAUCGGAUAUGGUAUAAUCUAUUUAACCAUGAGGAAGUCUUUGUUUAAGCUGGACGAGCAGCAACUCAGGCUGGCUGCCGAGAGGGAGGCAAAUAGACCUCGCAUGAGCGCUGAGAUUUCAGCUCGAGUCCUGCUUAUGCGGGAAACACAGCCUAGCCGGCCAUGGCUGAAACCGUCUCCGAAUUAUUUCGAAACCCUGGGCUAUUUGGAGGCACAUCAUCGCAUCCAGGACAAGACGUUGCUGAUCAAAUGCAUAUUUACUCUAGUAUUUGUUGUCCUUUGUUUCCUAAUGCACUCCCUGCCCUUUAUGUCUGGCGCAACUUUGGGUUGGGUAUCCGUUCUGGCCGCCUUCCUUCUCCUCAUUCUGGCCAAGAUGGAAGAUAUCGAAGCGAUUCUCGACCAGGUUGAAUGGUCAGCCCUGCUCUUUCUGGCCGCCUUAUUAGUGCUUACCGAAACGGUGGAUCAAUUGGGAUUUAUUCGUUGGUUAAGUGAAAAUGCAGUCAAAUUGAUAACGAGCGUCGACGAUGAACAUCAGAUAACUGUGUCCGUUCUGUUAGUUCUCUGGAUGAGCGCCAUCUUAGCGGCCUUCGUUGGCAAUGUGCCGGUGACCACGAUGAUCCUACGACUGAACGUUCAGCUGUAUCAAAACGACGAGAUCAAAGUCCCCCUAACGCCGCUAGUUUGGGCCUUGUCCUACGGUGCCUGUUUUGGUGGUAACGGAACCCUGAUCGGAGCAUCGGCCAAUGUAGUCGGAGCGGCGAUUGCCCAUCAAUAUGGCUAUAAGAUCUCCUUUGUACAGUUCUUCAGAUACGGCUUCCCAAUGAUGCUGGCCACCAUUUCCAUCGCUAUGGUUUACCUCCUAAUCGCACACUCUGCAUUCAGUUGGCAUGAUACAUAGUUUCUACGAUUGCAACUCCUUCAAAAGGCGGUUCUCGAAGUUGUGCUGGGCUGAAGUAAUAGAUUCUGAAAUGAGAUCAAUUCUUUGGAUCACCUUAAAAAAUACUGCAAACAUUUUGGAAAGUAUAUGGUAAAAAUGUCAAUAUAAAGAUUUUUAUGUGUUUUUUUUU